AUGUCUCAUUCUACUAAGUCUCACAAAUUAUUAUAUAAUCAUCUAAAAAAAAAGAAUACAGAGAUACCUAUAUCUACUGUUAUCUACAUAAACAUUGCUAUGAUUGAAGAAAUUCCAUGCUUGAUCGACGAAUUUGGUGUUGUCGUUGAACCCGCCAUGCUUAUUGAGUAUGAGGAUGAUGAGGAUGAGGGUGAGGGCGAGGAAGAGGAUGAUGAGAUCACAUUGGAGAACUAUCUCUGGUCCUAUACAGAAAAGCUAUUGUUUGACGAAUUACCUCAAAUCCCAGAAGAAGAUCCGGCGGAUUGUGAAGAGCCUGAUACAAGUCCUGAAACCAGCUCAACUAAAUUAUAUACCAGUAAUUUUUGUCAUCCAUACGACUCGAGCGUGGAUCUCAUUGUGUAUCCAUUCUCGGAUGUUACUAUGCAGCUAUAA